AUGCUGGAAAAGCCGAGCACUGUCAUCGCUGACUCACAAGCAGACAGUCUUCUAGCCCUUCUACAUCCACCUCGUUCACAGUCACUGCCAGACCUUUGUGAAACUCCUCAAGACCCAUCUCAGGAUCCCAACCCACCCUCUCAUCACCUACCUACGCGAGUCUACACCUCCACCUUUCAACUCUCCGGUUCACACGCUCUCUUCCUUACACCUAUUGGUUUGCAACCCUCCACCAGCCAAUUGAGUGGAGGCCUUUUUAACGGGCGAAUCUACGCGCCAUCGGCAGCACAAGAAAAGUACCUCACUACACACGUAAGCAUCAGAACUCAUUUUUCAAGGCCACACGAGUUUGAGGAUCUACAAAAUCUCCAGCUUCGACGUUCCACGGAAUUAUUUUACUCGCACCAAAAUCAAUUAAAGGAGCGGAGAAAAGACAAGAAGCCAGAGAAACGUGAGGCCGAAGUAAGCACCACUUCUACAGGAUUGAGCAACAUCUUUCCUACCCAGCAGGACUCUUCACUUACUUUACUAUCGGCAGAGGAUCUUACGGUAACCAAGGGCCAGGAAGACAAAGAAGAAAACUCAAUGGCUGUUCCGAUGCAGUAUGAUUUGGAGCAUCAACUAAAUGGAAGAGAUGAAGCGGUUGAAGUGAUAACUCAGCGAACCGUAUCAGUUAAUGAUUUGAGAAGAAAAUUUGAGGAAGCCCGAACUAUGUAUUUGCCUCAUGACCCCACCGUGUUAAAGGAAAGGCCACGAGUUACAAGAAGGGAAGAAAAAGGCUAUUCAAUGGAACCCCUAAGAAGUCGUCCACGAAGUGCAGCCUAUGAACACCAUGAAGAUGACGUGCCUGUCUCCAUUAAAAGACCCGAUUCUUUAAGAUCAUUACCUUUAUGCGACGAUCCCUCUUCUUUAAGAAGGAGAAACGGCUUUUCGAGGAAGUAUGAGCUAGAAAAACAUGGAGUGCCACAAGAAGGGCAAAGGUGGUCGAUUAGCUGUGGAGCAUCUCAUUCUCUUAGGCGCUCCGAUGAGUAUUCUCCAACAAGGCGGAGACUUUUAGGCAUAAAGAGGAACGCCAGUCCAAGGAGCAUGAACCGCGCCGCGGGAUGUAAUGACUGGCCAGACGGCAUAUUUACCAAGACAGGUGAUGUAUACAAAAGGAUAAAUAAUAAUGGUAUCUCUUACAUAAUCCCCACCUCCCCAGAUGAUACGAAACAACUAAAAGGCGCGGACUAUCAACGAAACCAACUGACUGUAGAUUGUUCGGACCAAUGUUGGAUGAGAUCGCCUAGUCCGCAGCAGAUGAAGGAUAGACCCAGUCCCUGUUUGAACUACUCUUACUUAGAGCACAUUGACAGAGAUGGGACGAAGCCCUACCGGUCGGUGAAUCUUUCCGAUUGGAAAGGGAUUUCCCAGACCCGAAAAUCGACCUCCUGCGUGAGUUUGAAUCAGCCCGAAAUCUAUCCUGUCAAACGGUACAGCGUUCCACGGGCUCCAGUGGGUGAUGAUGAAGCCUGGAAGGUUCGAGCUCAAGAGAUAGGAGGUGGACGGAGGAGGAUCCACAUGAUGCGGGGAAGCUGGUCGCCUGAUCAGCUCUACUCGUCAACUCGGUCGAUACCUGGUGAUAUUGAAGAGGAGACAGAAAAGGAGGUAAGACAGCGAGUGGCAAUUCGAGGGCAGUUGCGAAGGUCUCCAAAGCACGAACUCCCUCCACCACCAUCAUUUCCAUCACCACGUCUUCUGACUCCAGAAGGAAUUGACGAAUCGUCUAUCUCCAGAGCAUUUGACUACAAUAUAGCUCGAUUUGAGAAAUUAGCUGUAGACAACAAGAAGGAGUCGCUCUGCACCAAUUGCUCUGGAUGUUGUGUUCAUUCGCCAGCAGCGAGGCAACCAUAUCCAUCGCGUCGACUAUUUUCAACCCGAAGGAUGCGAUCUGACCGAAGGCAUACAAAUGGCAAUGAAAGGAGGACUCAACCCACUAAUUAUCGCUUUGAACGCGGCAGCUUCGACCGUUAUUACGGUGAUGGCACAGUUGACGUUAUCAGUUCUCCUGGUGGAAGGCUGUAUUCCCAUGCUUUUGAACCUUAUCCGUCACUCUGA